UCUGAGUGCAGGCAGACUGACACCAUGGCGAAAGGCUUCUUCAUCAGUAAAGCUCUUGCAGUCGCAGGGAUCUUAAUAGGAGUGGCUGCCCUGUCCACCAUCAUUGCUCUGUCUGUCGUUUACUCUCAGGAAAAAUCCAAAAACAACGAGGCAUCACCAACUCAGGGAGGAGGAACCACUUCUAAACCCACUACAACAUCAACAACACCUACAACACCUUCCCCUUCCAACGAACCAUGGGACAAAUAUCGGCUGCCAAAAACCCUGGUGCCGCACCACUACAGCGUGACUCUGUGGCCCCGACUGACACCAGAUCCAAAGACUGGGCUGUACAUCUUCACAGGAAAUUCAUCUGUGGAGUUUGAGUGUGUGGAGGAGACGGAUCUCAUUCUUAUCCACUCUAACAAACUGAACUACACGGUGCAGUCAAAUGGGAAGUUUGCGGAGCUCUCAGCCGCCGGCGGUGGCAGCGCACCAUCCAUCAAGAACUCCUGGCUGCAGAAGGAGACUCAGUUCCUGGUUCUGGAGCUGGACGGUAAACUGGUGAAAGGACAAAAGUAUCGCCUCGACACCGUGUUCACUGGAGAGCUGGCUGACGAUCUGGGAGGUUUCUACAGGAGUGAGUACAUAGAGGAUGGAGUCAAGAAGGUCAUUGCGACCACCCAGAUGCAGGCGACCGAUGCCAGGAAGUCGUUCCCCUGCUUCGACGAGCCGGCGCUGAAAGCUUAUUUCGACAUCACUCUGAUCCACGAUAAGGAAACUGUGGCUCUGUCCAACGGCGCUGAAAAAGAAUCCAAACCCGUCACCAUAAAUGGUCAAGAGGUGCAGCAGACGGUCUUUGAGCGCACUGAGAAGAUGUCCACCUAUCUGCUGGCCUUCAUCGUCAGCGACUACGACUUCAUCCAGGACACCAUUGACAAGGUUCAGAUCCGGAUUUAUGCCCGGAAGCCCGCCAUCACUGCUGGCCAAGGAAGCUACGCCCUCAACAUCACCGGACCCAUCCUGAAGUUCUUUGAGGAGUAUUAUAACUCCACGUACCCACUGCCCAAAUCUGAUCAGAUCGCCAUCCCUGAUUUUAACGCAGGAGCCAUGGAGAACUGGGGUCUGAUCACGUAUAGAGAGACGAGGCUGCUGUAUGACGAGGCCUUCUCCUCCAACUCCAACAAAGAGAGGAUAGCCACCAUCAUUGCUCACGAACUGGCCCACAUGUGGUUUGGAAACCUGGUCACUCUGCGCUGGUGGAACGACUUGUGGUUGAACGAAGGCUUUGCUUCAUACGUGGAGUACCUGGGAGCAGACAAAGCCGAACCCGACUGGAACGUGAAAGACCUGAUAGUCCUCUAUGAUGUCCACAGAGUGUUUGCAGUUGACGCUUUGACGUCGUCUCAUCCGCUGUCCUCCCUUGAAGACGACAUCCAGAAACCAGCUCAGAUCAGCGAGCUCUUCGAUGCCAUCUCAUACAGCAAGGGAGCCUCUGUCCUCAGGAUGCUGUCAGACUUCCUGACUGAACCGGUCUUCACCAAAGGACUCCAGAGCUACCUGAGGGAGUUCGCCUUUGACAACACCGUCUACACAGACCUCUGGCAGCAUCUGCAGGCGGCUGUGGACGCCAGUGAAGAGACGCUUCCUAAAACUGUCAAGGACAUCAUGAACACCUGGGUGCUGCAGAUGGGCUUCCCUGUGGUCACCAUAGAUACCGCCUCCGGCAGCGUUUCCCAGAAGCACUUCCUCCUGGAUCCAGACUCCGAAGUUACCACUCCAUCUGAGUACAAUUAUGUGUGGAGCGUUCCAAUCAGAUGGAUGAAGAAAGGAGCCAGCAAGAGCUUCAUGUGGCUGACGGAAAAAUCAGAUACCAAUAAUGACAUGAAGGUGACGGAUUCUAAUGACUGGGUGCUGGCCAACCUUGAUGUGGUUGGAUACUACAGAGUCAACUAUGAUGAAGGCAACUGGGAUAAACUGCUGUCCGCUCUGAGCACCAACCACAAUGACAUUCCAAAGAUCAACAGAGCUCAGCUGGUGGACGAUGCCUUCAACCUGGCCAGAGCUAAGAUCAUCCCGACAGUUCGGGCGCUAAAAACCACCCUGUACCUGAAGAACGAGAGGGAAUAUAUGCCGUGGGAGUCUGCUCUGGACAACCUGGACUUCUUCUUCCUGAUGUUUGAUCGCAGCGAGGUGUACGGAGUCAUGCAGGAAUAUCUGAGGAAUCAGGUCACCCCUCUGUUCCAGCACUACAAAGAGAUAACAAGCAACUGGACCAAAAUACCAGAUGGUCACAUGGACCAGUAUAACCAGGUGAAUGCCAUCAGCCUGGCCUGUAAGACCGGUCUGGAGGAAUGUCAGGAUCUGGUCCAGUCGUGGUUCAAAGAGUGGAUGGAAACAGACAAAAACCCAAUCCACCCCAACCUGCGAUCCACUGUGUACUGUAAUGCCAUCGCAGCAGGGGGCGCCGAAGAGUGGGAAUUUGCCUGGAAGAAGUUUAAGAGCGCCUCCAUCGCUAUUGAAGCUGAUAAACUGCGUGCAGCAAUGGCCUGCACCACAAAACCGUGGCUGCUCAACAGGUAUCUGGAGUACACUCUGGAUGCAAACCAGAUCCGGAAGCAGGACGGCACCUCCACCAUCGUCUACAUCGCCCAGAACGUGAUCGGUCAGUCUCUGGCGUGGGACUUCAUCAGGGCUCGCUGGAAUUACAUCUUCACUCAGUACGGUGGUGGAUCCUUCUCCUUCGCCAACCUCAUCAAUGGAGUCACCAAACGCUUCUCCUCAGAGUUUGAGCUUCAGCAGCUGAAGCAGUUCAAAGAGGAUAAUGCUGAUGUGGGUUUCGGGUCCGGGACUCUGGCAGUGGACCAGUCCAUCGAGAGAACACAAGCCAACAUGAAAUGGGUCGCCGAGAACAAAGAAAGCGUUCUGGAAUGGUUCAAGAAUCCAGUUUAGAUCAUGACAAACAUAAAAUCUUGCUCCUAUUUAUUUAAUUAUAAAUGCCUUUUUCAUGAAAAUAACCCAUUUUUCCAAGAAGUUCAUACUUUCUUACAGUCCAAUGAUUAUUUUUACGUCUUGAAGUGGCAUUUAGGUGGUACUAUAACUUCACCACUAAAGUUGUUCAACUUGUUUCACAUUGAGAAAAAAACAUAUUUUAUUUCAAGAAAGCUGAGAAGUGCCUAGAUAAAUAUAAAACUAACACAAAUGUGACACCUACAAGUGAAUAUGAGAUUAAAGUGGGUUUUUUUCUUCAGAUUUUUCUAAAUGUUUUAAAACAAUUAAAGAAUAAAGUUUUAAUCAACAGAAAGUGGAAUAUUAUAAAAAGCAGAUUUUGUAUUUAUUAGGUUUGUUUUGGUAAUGAAAGCUGUCUUGAAACAUCACAUCAGCCUGAACCAGUUGUCUUUUACCUGUUGUUGACUAUACGGAGACGGGGAAUAAAUCUGAAUGUAUUUUACGAUAUCUUGUGUCUAAAUUCAUAAAUUUAUGCACUGAGUUUAUGUGUUUACUGUUCUUUGCUCUAAUUUUAUGUAAGACGUUCAAAUUGCAUUCCAUGUACUUUACCAUGAAGAAGUUUUUGUAAAUUCUUUUGGACAUUUCAUGAAUCCACAGAUAAUUAAAUUGUUUGUACAGAAAUCAAACUGGGUGUGUAAACGCCCCCCAGCAUGUUUUAUAAAAAUCCUCCCUUUUCAGUUCUUUACAAAAGAAACUACUAACAAUUUUUAUUAAAAAAUGCUGAAAGUGAGCAUAUUUAAGCAUCUUAAAGCAACAAUUUGACUCUGUUUUGAAAGAAAGCCAAUAAAAUAAUUAAAUCGC